AUGCAGGUGCUGCUACAGCAGCAGCAGCAAGAGCAGCGAAUGCGGCAGCAACAACUGCAGCAGCAGCAGGUGCAACAGCAGCAACUGAGGCAACAACAACUGCAGCAGCAACAACUGCAGCAGCAACAACUGCAGCAGCAACAACUACAACAGCAACAACUGCAACAGCAGCAACAACAAUUGCAGCAGCAGCAACUGCAGCAGCAGUUUCUGCCCCACACGAGUGUGCUCCCAGCUGCUGCUAGUUCGCAGUCACUAUAUGCGUGGGAGCCAACAGCAAACUUAGCUGCUUCCAUUCCAGCAGCAGCAGCAGCAGCAGCAGACCCAGCUGCAGCUGCAGCAACAGCAGCAGAUGAGAAGCUACAAGAAAGCCGGAAGACCGAACGAGCAGCAGCUUGCGGCUGCCCCGCUUCGGGCACCCAGAAAGCCCCCAAGCAGCAGCAGCAGAAGGAGCAGCAGCAGCAGUAG